AAAUGUUUUGUCGAGAUCGGUGUGGAAUAACUUGACUGGCCUGCACAGAGCCCUUACCUCAACCUCAUUUGAACACUUUUGGGAUUCAUUGGAUUGCCGACUGCAAGCCAGGACUAAUUGCCCAACAUCAGUGCCCAACCUCACUAAUGCUCUUGUGGUUGAAUGAAAGCAAGACCCCGCAGCGAUGUUCCACCAUCUAGUGGAAAGCCUUUCCAGAAGAGUGGAGGCUGUUAUAGAAGCAAAGAGGGUACCGCCUCCAUAUUAAUGCCCAUGAUUUUGGAAUGAAAUGGUUAGCCAAGCAGGUGUCCACAUACUUUUGGUCAUGUAGUGUACUUCCCUCAAAGAUGUUUACAUUCCACAAAUUAUCAAUGUACGCAUCAACACAAGAGACAGGCAUUGACAAAAAAUUAUUAUUGACAACAAGUAAAAGUAUGCAUGAGUGAAUGUCUGUUGUUACCAAUAACGAACAAAAUUAUUUCUAUAUUCUGGCUAAUUAUGUGGACUAUUCUGAUGCCACGCCUUUGGCACGCUGCCACGAGCAGGUUGGACUGGUCCGACUUCCAUCUCCCAGCAGGAAGCACUCUGGGUAUAAACCUCCCUGAGAGCGUUGGACCGAAAUGUUAUUCAGGUGCCAUAACAGGUGUGUUUUAGUAUUUAUGUGUGACAGGGAGAGGUGACAAUACUGUCUUGACUGUGGAGAGCGGGAGGAGACAUACAGAGACAGGAGCUGAGUCUGUAUUGUAGCUACCUCUCUGGAGAUAUAAACUCUGAUCUAUAGAGCCUGUGGAUUCGCUGUAGCCUGGUGCAGAGGCCUGAGACUGAGACCCAUCCAUCUCCAUUCUGUCUCUGAAAUCACAGGCAGAAAAAAAUGGCCCAUGGAAAGAACCAGGAUGAGAGACCCUCAGAACAGGGCGAAGAGAUGGGAGAGGAGACCUUCCUCAAAGACCUCCAUCUGUACAUGAAGAAGAGAAAUACACCCAUAGAGAAAAUACCACACCUGGGCUUCAAACAGAUCGGUCUGUUCAUGAUGUACAAGACUGUGAAAAGCUUGGGUGGCUACCACCAGGUGACGGCCCAGCAGAUGUGGAAGCAAGUAUACAACACCCUGGGAGGAAACCCCAGAAGUACCAGUGCAGCCACCUGCACCCGUAGACACUACGAGAAGCUGCUUCUGCCAUAUGAGUGUCAUGUAAGAGGAGAAGACUACAUGGAGGUACUGCCACAAUGCCAGCAGAAGCGUUUACAUUACAGUAGGCUCAGUGAGCAGGACGAGUGCCCCAGGACAGCCAAGCGUAGCAUGACUUACGGAGCUCUACAGACAUCCCUGCACCAGAAGCCCCAUAACUAUCUGACAGACUCCAGAGUGAGGAUUAUCCCUAUGCCUGUGCACUACAGUCAGUACUACCACCACCCUGUCCACCCCGUCCACCCAGAUCUGCUCCCCUAUGUCCACCCACCUCUGACCCCCAGCAGCCUCCCCUCCCCUCAAGGACAGACAGAGAGGGCCAAGCAGCCUCUGGAGCACCUACGCUUCCUGGCCAACCAGUACAAGGACUCCUCAGGCUGGACUGAGCCACUCAACCUCAGUCACAAGAAGGCUGGUCAGGAGUCAGACGGUCACCCUGCUUCAUCCUUCGCCCCUCCUCCCUCCAACAUCUCCCCAAGGUUCUUGAAUACGGUCUCACCUCUGUACCCCGCCAAGGGGCUGGUUAAAGGUGAGGGCAGUGAGACGCCGGAGGGAGAGGUGCCCCUGGGGAAAACCCACCUCUACCCCUUAGCGACCAGAGACGACUACUCCCGCAGCCCGACCUCAGCCUCCAGCCCAGGCAUGAAGAAAGAGUCCCCCGUCCCCUCUCCGCUGCAGAGUUGCAGGGAUAGUGCCCCCUCCAUGAUUCACGUCCCCAAACUCCAGAAGAGGGAGUACCCAGAUUGGCCCAGGGGGGAGUGGAGAGGGGAAAGCCCCAAGCACAGUCCAGGGCCUCUCAAUUGUAGUCACGCUCUGCGCAGUACCCCCAGAGGGACAGAGGGAAGGAUGGAGAUUCAGAUCCCGCUGGCGAUGCUCCAUGACUGGGUAAAAGGAGUUCUGCUGUGUGGGCCUGCUGGCACCCGGCCUGGGGAUCUAUCGCUGCAGGAUCCAACCAUGGGCCAGACCCCAGGCUCAGAGCCCAGGGAGAGGGAAAGGGCACAGGCCUUGUCUGACACCUCUCCCACCAUUGCUACACAUGCUGACCAGGUCUUCCACAACCAUCACAAAGACCAGGACAGGGGUUCUGGGGAUCUGAGAGAGAGGAGUCUGGAGAGGCACAGGAACCUGCCUAGGCCCACCACCACCACCUCCCCUAGUACCAGUCACUGCCGCCCCAUGGCGCCCUACCAGUUCUCCAGCUACAAGCCUCGGCCAUCAGGGAGCAUCGUCCGUAACCCGGACAGCUGGAAAUUGGAUCACCGGGAGGACACAAGGAGGCCCUACCACACAAAACUCAUGUACCCCCAGGAUCUAUGGGAUAGAGCCCAGCCAAUUCCCUUAAAUAUCUACCCCAGCAGCCAGGCUCUGGAGCAGGAUAGUGUACGCCACACAUCCCCGGGCUAUUGUCCAGGCACAUCACUGGGAAGGGUGGAGAACCCCUCAUUUCCCUCUCUGGUGCCACUGACACCUGAGGAGUUAAUGAAGUUAAAGAGGCUCAUCUCAAGCUCCUCAUGAAUAGAAUGGAACAGCAGGACAACAACCUGCUAAUUAAUAUAAAAUAUGAUGCACUCUGGACAAAAAGCUGUUAAAUGUCAACAUGACAUUGGACACUUAAAAAGCCCUCAUUACUGUUCAAAAUCAAGAGACAAUGUAGCACUACUGUUGACUAACUUUUUUAAGUACUUCAGAAUAUGAAUUUAGUCCUUUAAUCUUCUGUAUUUUUAUCAUUUGAAGCUUGCUCACAAUGUAUUGUGCACUGGAGUGAAAAAAAAAUGCCCUUCAUCUCAGCGAGUAGCAUCGAGAAGAAAAGAAAUGCCCUUCAUCUCAGCGAGUAGCAUCGAGAAGAAAAGAAAUGCCCUUCAUCUCAGCGAGUAGCAUCGAGAAGAAAAGAAAUGCCCUUCAUCUCAGCGAUUAGCAUCGAGAAGAAAAGAAAUGCCCUUCAUCUCAGCGAGUAGCAUCGAGAAGAAAAGAAAUGCCCUUCAUCUCAGCGAGUAGCAUCGAGAAGAAAAGAAAUGUCGCCUGAUAAU